AUGAGUCUUAUGGAAACAAAAGGGACUGAAGAGUUUUCUUCAGAUAUAAGUGAUCAUGAAAAUCAAGAGAUUAAACAUGACAAAACUUUUAAUAAGUUGGAUAAUUUGAAAUUAAAUCAAGAUUAUGAUUUUGAUAAAGAAUUUGCAGAAUUAGAAGAAAUGUCCAAGGUAGCUAAACUGAAAAGGACCUUAUUACAAAGAAUUACCGGGCUUGAGGUUGAGGUUAAUUUUAAAAAUAAAUCUCAUAUGGUUUGGUUAAUGGGUGGUUUCGCUUCUGCUGCCGGUAUGUUAUCUGGUUUGGAUCAGUCCAUUAUUUCUGGUGCUUCAAUUGGUAUGACUAAAUCUUUACAUCUUAAUGAUCAUGAAAAUUCUUUGAUAUCUUCUUUAAUGCCCUUGGGUGCUGUUGGUGGUUCUUUAAUCAUUUCUCCUUUGAAUGAAUAUUUGGGCCGUAAAUUCUCAAUCAUUGUUUCUUGUAUUUGGUAUACCAUUGGUGCUGCUAUUUGUGCUGGUGCUCGCUCUCAUCAUAUGUUAUACGCUGGUCGUUUUUGUUUAGGGGUUGGUAUUGGUAUUGAAGGUGGGGUUGGGGUUUAUCUUGCUGAAUCCGUUCCUGCUAAUGUUAGAGGUAAUAUAGUUUCUUUAUAUCAAUUUAAUAUUGCUCUUGGUGAAGUUAUUGGUUAUGCAGUUAGUGCAAUGUUUUUCGAAGUUAAAGGUGGUUGGAGAUUUAUGAUGGGUUCAUCUUUAGUAUUUUCAACUUUAUUAUUCAUUGGUAUGUUUUUCUUACCUGAAUCUCCAAGAUAUUUGGUUCAUAAAGGUCGUUAUGGUGAAGCUUAUGGUGUUUGGAAACGUUUAAGAGAUAUUAAUCUUGAUGAAAAUAAAGCUGAAUUUUUAGAAAUGAGAUAUGCCGCUUUGCAAGAAGAGGAACGUAAGAAAAAUGAAACUACAAUUCAAUUAUGGACCGAUUUAUUCAGAAUUCCAAGAAAUCGUCGUGCUUUAUUUUAUGCUUUCAUCAUGGUUGGUUUAGGUCAAUUAACUGGGGUUAAUGCAGUUAUGUACUAUAUGUCAACUUUAAUGGCUAAAAUUGGUUUCGAUACUAAAAAUUCUGUGUUUAUGAGCUUAGUCGGUGGUGGUUCUUUAUUAAUUGGUACCAUUCCUGCCAUUUUAUGGAUGGAUAGAUUUGGUAGAAGAGUUUGGGGUAUGAAUAUCGUUGGUUUCUUCAUUGGUUUGGUUCUCGUUGGUGUUGGUUAUCUUUUCGAUCCAAUUACUCAAAAAGCUGCCGCCGAAGGUGUUUACCUUUCUGGUAUUGUAUUAUAUUUUAUGUUCUUUGGUGCUUAUGCAACUUUAACUUGGGUUAUUCCUUCUGAAUCAUUUGAUUUGAGAACUAGAUCAAUCGGUAUGUCUGUUUGUACUUGUAUGGUUUAUGUUUGGUCCUUCACAGUUACCUACAAUUUCACUGAAAUGCAAAAAGCAAUGACUUACACUGGUUUGACUCUUGGAUUCUACGGUGGUAUUGCUUUCUUGGGUUUUAUUUAUCAAGUUAUUUUCAUGCCUGAAACUAAAGAUAAAACUUUGGAAGAAAUCGAUGAUAUUUUCUCCAGAUCUUCAUUCUCCAUCGCUGGUGAAAAUAUCAGAAAUAUGAAAUCUUUCUGGAGAAAGAAAGAUUAG